AGCCUUGUUCUAUAUUAAUUAUAUUUUAAGUUUUCAGAUUUUCAAGACAUUAUUUACAGAGUUCCCAUGUCAGUUAUCAGCGAGCAUCAGGUCCAACUCUCGAGCUUCGAUCCCAUUGAAAAUUGUGUGAAAUCUACGUGUCCAGGAUGCAAAUCAAAUCGAAAAUAUUUCUGUUAUGAUUGUCGAACUCCUAUGCCCGGAGUUUUUACGCCAACUGUAAAGCUUCCCUGUGCCGUCGACAUCGUCAAGCAUCCAAUGGAGAAAAAUAGUAAAAGCAGUGCUCUUCACUGUAAAAUUGUGGCUCCUGAUCAAACUCGAGUCUUUGAUUAUCCAAAUGUUCAUGAUUAUUCACAAGAUUCUGAAGAUGAACGGCAAGGAACUGCAAUCAUUUUUCCGAGUAAAUCUGCAAUUUCUGUUGAGGAAUUUGUAAAAACAAGAGGACCGAUCAAACGAAUUGUUGUAUUAGAUUGCACGUGGUUUCAAGUUGGUGUUAUGCAGAAGACACCUCAAAUUCAAGGACUCCAACACGUAUCUCUUCAAUCAUACCGUACUGCAUUCUGGCGGCCUCAACACAACGUUCCCGAAACGGGUCUCGCCACGAUCGAAGCAAUUUAUUAUUCGCUUAGAGAAUAUCAAGAAUUGGGUCUCGGACGGAAAUAUAGUGGAGAAUUCGAUGAUCUUCUUUAUUGGUUUUUCCAUACAAAACAUUUUGUCGAUGGGAAACAGGCUGAUUAUUUGAGGCGGAAAGAUGAAGAGAGAAGCGAAGAAAAAUAAUAUUAAAUGCUUUUCUAAAUUUAUUUAAAAAAUUUUUCAGUUUUUGUUUUUUCAUUGUUGAAUAUUUGAAUUUUGACUUGUUAGAAAUCUCAGUUGUUGUUUGUUACUUUACACUCAAUUCUUUCUCCUCUGCGAUUUUCCUCGAUUUGCAUGACCGGUUUCCCAAAUUUUUCCACACAUGUGAAAGAAUAAAAAAGAAAAUGUUUCCC